UUUAAUUAAUUAAUAUGUAUUUAGGGAACAGAAUUUGAACAAAAAAAUAAUCUUCCGGCAAGAAUUGUAAUGGUGACUUGGUGGUUAACUACGGUUAUUCUUAUUGCUGCAUAUACAGCAAAAUUAGCAGCAUUUAUGACAGUCCAAAAUAUGAAACAAGCAGUUAAUUCUCUGGAAGAUUUAGUGAAAUUCGAUACAAUUCCAUUUGGACUGCUUAAAGAUUCUCAUAUUGAGAUCUUCUUUGCCAACAGUCAUUACGAAAUGCAUAAAAUAGCUUACAAAAUGAUUAGAAAGGAAAAUACUUUUGUAAACGAUCCCUAUGAGGGCAUAGAGAGAGUUAGAGCAUCGUAUUAUUUGCCAGAAGGACACAAGGAUCGUUUUGCUUUUAUACAUGAUUCACCAGUUUUGGAUUACGCUGUUAUGCAGAAGCCAUGCAAUGUCGAACGAGUUGGAAGAUUAUUUGGAUUACAAAAUUAUGGUCUUGGUUUGCCUAAAGGUUCACCGUUUGAGAAACAAUUCACAUCGUCUGUCUUAAAGCUAAGAGAAGAAGGAUAUGUGGAUUUUUUGAAUAAAAGAUGGUUUAUCAAUAGUUGUCCCGACAAUAGAAUUAAAAGCGAAGAACUUCAAAUGGAUAUAAAAAAUUUAGCUGGCGUGUUUCUGUGUUAUUUAGGAGGACUAAUUAUGGCACUCUUAUUCGUAGCUGUUCUGUGGAUAAGAGAAAAGACCAAAAGCAAGAAGUCAAUGGUUGUUUCACCGAAUCCAAAGCUUACUUGUAUAUCGAAAGAAGACUCUUUCGAAUGA